GCCAUUUUUGUUUUGAAGUUUUUGCAAAAUGAGCUCUAAAGAUCGCCUUUUACUAUUUGCAGAGUCUCCAACGUUGACAAAACUAUGGAAACUGACAGUGUGUUUACCCAAAGACUUUGUUUGCACCGGUGUUAUUUAUAAAUGCUCACCACAAAUAAUAAAAUGCAGAGAGCUGAUAUUUACAGAACCAGAUAUCAUAGCCACUCCUGACCUAAACUAUGAGAAAAAACUGCUCAUUAUUCUAACCCAAACUAUGUACAAGUCUGGAAAACUCCAAGCAAGACUCAACAAGAUGGGAUUCAAGGUUGAGAAGCCAUGCCCUGUGAGCCCAGCAGAUUAUCAAAGCUGUCUGAAUUACACCAUGCUGGCUAAACUGGCACCUAACUGGAAUAAAGUUGGUGAAACACUCAUAAAUGGUCGUAAUUUUCUUUGCAAUUCUGAUAAGAUGAAUGCAAUCCACCUGGAGCUGACAUUACAACACAAAGAGCUGUUUGUGGCUAUUACAGCAAAGACUGUCAAACUCUUCCCAGCAAAGCUGGAAGACCUCGAUAUAGCAAUAGAUGUGAGGAGAGAGUUCACGAUGAAUAAAGAGGCAAUCAUAACAGAGGAUAACAUACACAACUGCUGGUGCUAUGUUCUACCAAGCAUGAAACGUGGCAGAGUGUCAAGAAUACUGCACCAGCUUCCAACUGAUGGACCUUUCAGAACAUACAAGGACCUCAAGAGGCACUGGAAAAAUAAUUAUGGCUACAGACUGCCUGACAGUGAUGAGGGGAUGCUGUAUUUCCAAAUCUUCUUUGGCUUCAACGGAGGGUCAUACUUAACAUAUCCAGGCUGUUGUAUUAGAACUCGGAAUAUGUUGACAUUUCCGAGAACAAAUCCUCAACCAAUCAUUGCUGACUUCCUGUCUGAUCUAAGAUCGAAGCUACCAAGUGUAUGCGGAGAGAAGCUACUAUUCAAUCCCAAACCCCAAUAUCCCCAGGCUACCCUCCUUGAGGCUUCUGAUGCUGAAUCAUGCAAGAAGACCCUGCUUACUGAACUACCACCCCAUGGGACUGCCAUUGGUUACAGACCUACCACUACUACACCUAUGGCGCCAGUCUUCAAAGCUAAACCCCCACUGGGGGCACAAUCAUUACCCCCAGGGAAUGUGUCAACCAUGUCCCAUUCUAUCAAUACCCAAAGGCCUAACCAUGGUAACACACCCAUGGAAACCAGUCCCAACAUCCCUGUGGGUGAAAACAGACCCAUAGACUCAACUCAUCACUCUUUUAAUGGAAGUAAAACUAAAAUCACAGGAGGUAUUCCAAGACCAUCAAAUUUUGAUCAACAAGAAAGCAACCCAGGGAUCACUAAUCAAGAGACUCCUAGCUCAUCAUUCGGCCAAUCUAAAACUGGUAAUGUUGGGUAUCAACCUUCACAAAACAGACUUGAUGUUACUCAAAGUGAGCAGAUCAAAAAAGAACUAAGUGCUUCACAUAGUGCUGCACAAAACAUUCAGCGAAGAUUGAGUUUUGGACAGACUCAUUCUCAACAGUCUUUCAACCAAAAAGCCCAGGUACUGAAUAAGAUAAUUCCUGUGUUUAAGAACAAGAAGAAGAUUGCUGCCCCUGUCUUUAAAGCAAAGGAAUCUACUAGUCAAGAUACUACUAAAAGACCAGUCUUCCUGAGUAAGAACAAGCCAGGUAGCUCUACAUUACCACCAUCGCAUUCAUCUGGAGGUAACACUAAAAUACCUGCUAGUAUGCAACUAGAUUAUUUUCAAACUGACAAUGGGAGACAUAUCCCUCCCAAGAAUAGUGUACAUGCAAAAGUAGAUGCUUCUGAUAAAACGACCCCAAAAGUAUACACUCAAGGAACACAGGUGGCUAAAGCACGAGUGACAUUUUCAUCCCAACACAUGCCACAAUCGCACCAGUUUAAGACACAAUCACAGUCCUCCAAGGUUCAGCUUAAGUCCCAUUGUCCAAGUGGCCCAUCAAAAGGCUUUAAUACCCACCACACUCCACUACCAGGAGGCCCACUAACAGAUCCUGAUUUAAAUGAUUUUGAGGGGUUUAGUACUCCUGGUCUCACAACAAACCCAGGCACACCAUCCCACAGUUACACUCAUAGUUUCCAUGGUAGUUGUACACCCAAGCUGAUGUCCUUCAGUCAACAGAGGCUGCAUCAACAAGGGGGAACAACACCUUCUCAGGUAAGCCACUUGCAAUCUUAA